AUGCUGUUGGGUCAUAUAAAAAUGAGAGCUGCUGCUUUUUCAGCUGAUGGUUCUGUGCUUGCAAUUGCAGCAGACACUGCUAUUACAUUGUGGGAUCCUGUCAAGAAUGAGCUCAUUGCUGUUGUAGGAGAGACUCCAUCGCCAAUCGGGAGGCUCAGUUUUGUUGAAAAGUCCGAGUAUUUUCUUUCUGUUUCUCAUGGUUCCACACCACAGCUAUCUGUUUGGAGUAUGUCAGAGUUAACUGCUUCUUGGUCUUAUGGGCUUCACAUAGAAGCUGUUUCCUGUGCAUUAGAUUUAUCAUUUUUUGCAAUCCUUGGUCUCCUUCCCAAAUCAAAUGAAAGUUUGUUUAAAGGUGAUGGAAUAAUCAUAGUGUUCAACGCAACAGAUCCUAUUCCUGUGGCUUCUUGGUCUGUAACGAAGGCCAAGGGAGGGAGUGUUGCUUUUCUUAAAGGAAAUCCAUCUGAACUAGCAGAUGGAAAAUCAUCAGAAACACUGCUUACGUAUUUAAAUGGAGAUCGCGAAUAUGUCCUCUUUGAUCCAUUUGACAAGGAAGCACACGGGCUUAAUAUGACUAAGAAUGAUGAUUUUGUUGGGCUUGAAGAAAAUGGACAAUUUGGAUAUACAUCAAUUUAUGGAGAAUUACCCAAGUUUGAUUUAAAAAGGAACAAAACUUCAUCGGUUUCCUCCGCUGCAUCAAAUAGGCCUUGGGAAACCAUAUUUAGCGGGUCAUCACAUAUGUUGCCACCCCUCUCCAAGUUGUGCUCUGAAUUUUUGGAGUCUCUACUGGAGAAAAGGACUUCAAUUGUAGAAUGA